AUGUGGUCAGCUGCGUUGGUCGUGUGCCUUGCGGCGUGCGCGUGCGCAAUCACCCGGGAUCAAUUUUACCCCCACGGCCAUGGAUUGGACCAACGGUUACCCCGGGGAGCUGAGGUCUCUUCCCCUGAAGUACCCCUGACCGUUCCAAUCGUGUUUUAUGGCCAGACCUACGAGUCGAUUUUCGUCAAUAACUUCGGAGUUCUUUCGUUCAGAGCCGACAUACCGACGUUUCUGAACGCUGAGUUCCCUCUGCCAUAUCCAUCGAUAGCUGCUUUUUACACCAAUAUUAAUACUACAGAUGUUGGCACGGUGUAUUAUAGAGAAACGAACGAAUCCCACGUGCUAUUAAAAGCUGAGGAGAGCGUUCAGAAUAACUUCCACGAGUAUUAUGACUUCAAACCGACGAGUGUGUUUAUUGCUACUUGGAUUGAUGUUACUUACUCGGGUUCCCAGUGGCAGAAUCGCAAGAAUAGCUUCCAAAUAGCUAUCAUAAGUAAUGGCACGGAGACGUUCGUCGAGCUUUUGUAUCCUGAGAGAGAAAUUCAAUGGAUUCAAAGAGAAACAAAGGAUGGAGGUCUACCUGAUGCUAAAGCACAAGCUGGUUUUGUCGCGGAAGAUGGACGUGUGUUUACUCUUAGAGGUUCUGGCAGCCACCAGAUCAGAAAUGUCGUUUCUUGGUCAAACAUUCAUGACCCUGGGAGAUACGUCUAUCGCGUAGGAAAUAUCCCAUUAGAGGGCACCAUAGCUGUUCCAGAUCAGUAUGACCAAUAUGAGGCUGAAGUUGAAGAAGAAUCUAAAACUUGUGCCCAAAGUGGUCCAAGUGUAUGCCACUUGCAAGCGAGAUGUGUUGAUUAUCAAGCCGGUAUUUGUUGUCAAUGUAAUGAAGGUUUUUAUGGAAAUGGAAAAUCGUGCAUCAAAGAUGAUGUGCCGCUACGUGUACAUGGAAAAAUGAAUGGUGUUAUUAACAAUCAAAAUUUAAAUGAUGUUGAUAUUCAAGCUUAUGUGGUUUUAGCUGAUGGCAGAUCAUACACAGCUUUAUCUCAGACACCGCCGUCUUUAGGUAGCAGUUUGCAACUUCUUAGUGUACUGGGAAGUGUCGUGGGUUGGCUUUUUGCCAAGCCUUUAGGCGAAGCCCAAAAUGGUUAUCAAUUGACUGGUGGUCUUUUCAAUCACACCGCACAUAUUUACUUCCCUGAAACGGGUGACAGGGUGACAAUUUAUCAAGAAUACGUUGGACAUGACGUGUUUGACCAAAUAACUUUAGACACUGAUGUACGCGGUAAAAUCCCUAAUGUACCUACAGGAUCCAGACUAGAAGUUUCUGAAUACGAUGAGCAAUACACUAUUGUCGAACCAGGUCUCAUUCAAAGUGAAUCUACACGGAUAUUCAUGAACAAAAUAACAGGACAGAAAUAUGAACAGAGAGUCUCGCAGACGUUUAUAUAUAGUCCAUGCAAGUUUGCUCCACCAUCUGAAGACGGAAAUAAGCCGCUUACGUUAAAAGUUAUAAAAAAUUAUUUAGGAUACGAAACAAGAGGAAAUAUUGUCCGUUAUGGAACAACGAAUAAAAUUCAGUCAAAUAUUGAAGAUCCUUGUGCGGAGGGCAGAAAUUCUUGUGGUCCCCAUAGUACAUGUGUUGUACAGGGUGAUUCCUUUGUAUGCGUAUGUCAAUCUGGUUUUAUGCAUAAUAAUGAAAAUUGUAUUGAUAUUAAUGAAUGUGAAGCCGGAACACACAACUGUGACAGUAACGCUGACUGUUAUAAUCACGACGGCGACUAUCAAUGUAUAUGCCGACAGGGCUACGAAGGGGAUGGACAAAGCUGUAGACGCAUUUCUAAUUGUAGCAACAAAGUCUGUGACCAGCAUGCUCAGUGCACAGAAAAUCCUGUUGAAGGCCCAGUCUGUGUGUGUAAUCCAGGAUUUACUGGAAACGGGGAAAGAUGUUGGACUGCAUACUAUAAUGAGUGCAUUAACUGCUCUCCAAAUGCUCAAUGUCGACGUUCAGAUGAGAGUAAUACCGAAAGAUGUUAUUGCAAUCCCGGUUUUAUCGGUGACGGGCAAUCUUGUGUGGAAGAAAUGACAACUGAACCAUACGAGCCAGAGACUACAUCAGUGUCUGUUGCUUCUACACAGUCGACUACCACAUUAAUACCUGAAAGUGAAUACAAUGAAACCUAUGUUUUACCUAAUUGUGAUCUUUACGAAUGCAUUUGUCCUCCAGGAUAUUCAAGUUUCAAAGACGAUAGAAAUAACGACCUGUGUCGUCUUGAUAACAAUGACCAGGACAAUGAUUUGGAUGAUAACAAAUACAACUCAAAUUCUAUGAGGUGCUCUGCGGAUGCUGAUUGUCCACCGAAUGCGGUAUGCGCGUUUAGCUACUACUACUCUUCAGAUGAUUCUGGUUUAGGACAUUGCGUUUGUCCGGAAGGCUAUGAAGGUGACGCGUAUGAGUGUAUUGAAAGAACAGGUCCCAGUUGUUCCUGUGGUCCUGCGGCACAUUGUAUUGAUACAGUGGGCGGCCAGCUCAUAUGUGUAUGCGAUGCUGGUUAUCACGGGGAUGGUUAUAUAUGCCGUCCGAACUUUAGCUGCACAAACAAUUCAGACUGUGAAUACAACGCUGAAUGUAGACCUGAUGCGAGCACCAAUGAAUAUGUUUGUCAGUGCAUAGAAGGAUAUAUCAAAGAUGAGAGCGAUGCGUGUAUUAAAGAUGGACAGCUCUGUAAUGGCGCUGUAUGUUCAGAACACGCUUCGUGUUUAUACGAUGCCGCAAUCGAUAUUAGUUAUUGUUACUGUGAUGACGGGUAUGAAGGUGAUGGUAUUUCUAAAUGUGUUCCCAAAGGAAAAACAUGUGAUGUAGCCAACGAUUGCGACCCGAAUGCCAUUUGUACACCAACAGAAAUUUCUUAUCAGUGUAUCUGUCGCGAGGGUUUUACUGGCGACGGUUAUUCCUGUACUCCAGAAAUGAAUUGCAAAUAUAAUAUAUAUUUAUGUGAUGAUCACGCUUCGUGUUUAAAGACGAGCGAUGGGUAUGAGUGCGAGUGUAAUACUGGUUAUAACGGCAAUGGAACUCAUUGCCAGCUCAAUCCACGUCAGGCUGGAAACUUCUUAGUCGCCAGCGAUGGAGCUUCUGUUUAUCGUGUUCCAUUCAGAGUGACACCUAGAGAGUUUGCAGCUCCAAUAAAUAGCGGUGCAAUUCAGAUAGCUGUUGGAAUAGACGUAGACUGUUUGACUGGAAAAAUUUAUUGGGGAGACGUCAGCGGUGCUACAAUCAAACGAGCGUCCUAUGAUGGUUCUGGAUUCGAGUCAUUCCUAUCUAAUGAUGUCCAAUCGCCAGAAGGUUUGUCAGUGGACUGGUCAGCUAGAAACGUGUUUUGGACGGACUCGAAGAAGUUGACUAUUGAGGUAGCCAACAUUGACACUAAAAUAAGGAAAGUCUUGUUCCAAAGAGAAGGUAUACAUAACCCGAGAGGUAUAGCCGUUCAUCCAGGGAAAGGUAAAAUAUUUUGGAGCGACUGGAAUCGCGGUGGCCCAAAGAUAGAGUGGGCGAGCAUGGAUGGUUCUCAGAGGGGUAUCUUUUUGGACCAAUCAGAUGUAAAACUACCAAACUCAUUGGCCAUAGAUUGGUCCAGAGAUAGACUGUGUUACUCCGACGCUGGGUUCGCCAGCAUUAAGUGCGUAGGUAUAGAUACUUUGGAAAAGGAGACCAUAGCCGUGAACUGCUCAUAUCCAUUUGGUUUGGCCAUCAGUGGAGACACUUACUACUGGACCGAUUGGAAAACAUUAAAAAUCGAGUCCAUAGACAAUUUAACACAACUGAGAGGCCACGUUCCGAUAGCCACUGCUUCAAGGAGGUUAUAUGGUGUUUCUGUUGCCCCGGACCAAUGCCCAGCAUUAAAUAACGUAUGUCAAGUCAGGAAUGGGAAUUGCGAUCCCUACAAACUUUGUUUGCCCGACGGACAAGGCGGCAGAACUUGCGUAGCGGGAGAUAAUCCCCCAAAUAACUACUAA